AUGGACUCGUUAAGAACAGCCUUUGUUAAUCAAGAUAUAGAACCAUUUUAUAUUGGGGGCAUAUCUGCUAGUGUUUCUGCAAAUGGGGAAAUAUUGGCUACGCCGAUCAAUGAAGAUGUAGUCAUAACUGAUUUAUCUACCAAUGAGAUCAUACAUAAGAUUGAAGGAGAUGGAGAACUUAUUACAAACUUAGUGAUUACACCCGAUGCAAAGAAAUUAGCUAUAUUAUCUCAGUCACAGCAGUUACGUAUUUUUGAUUUGAAUGAAGGUCAGAUUAGUAAAACUUUCAAGAUGUCAUCACCAGUAUACAUGUCAGCUGUGGACAACACAUCAACAUUAUUUGCAUUUGGAGGUUCCGAUGGGGUAAUCACAGUGUGGGAUAUUGAAGGUGGAUACGUAACACAUUCUUUGAAAGGUCAUGGUGUUACAAUUUGUUCGUUGACUUUUUAUGGUGAACUUAAUUCGUCGAAUUGGAAAUUGGCUAGUGGGGAUAUCAUGGGUACCGUUAAGAUAUGGGACUUGGUUAAAAGGAAAUGCAUUUCAACUAUAAACGAACAUAAUUCGGCCGUUAGAGGUGUAGCAUUUAAUGAGAGUGGGGAAUAUUUCAUAACUGGUGGCAGAGACCAAGUAGCGAUUAUCUAUAAUACUAAAAAUUUCAAAGCACUUAAAACAUUUCCAGUAAAAGAUCAAAUUGAAAAUGCAGGCUUUAUAGAAUUGCCAUGGAGUAGAAAUAAUGAUAAUUUAUAUUUCUACACUGCAGGUUCUGAGAACAUCUUAAAAAUUUGGAAUUUUGAUAGCGGUAAAUUAGUUGCCCAAACCACAACACCAUUACAAACUAACGAAGAGUUAAUGAUCAUCGACGUUUUAGAAUUGGAAGAUAACCGCUUAAUGUUAGUUAUCAGUGAUCAAACUUUGGCAUUUGUUGACACGAAUCAAUAUAAUGACGAAUCAGAGGUAGUCGAAAUAAAUAUUAUUAAUAGAAUUGCAGGUAACCACGGAACCAUUGCAGAUAUAAGAUAUGUUGGUCCUGAUUUUCAAUUUCUUGCAUUAGCCACUAACUCACCUUCAUUAAGAAUUUUAAACCCGGAUAGACCUUUCGAAUUGAAUAUAUGCGAGGGCCAUACCGAUUUGCUUAAUGCAAUCGAUGUUUCACUUGAUGGGAUGUGGAUAGCUACAGCGUCUAAAGAUAAUGAGGCUAGAUUGUGGAGAUGGAAUGAUGACUCCUUUGAGGAAUAUGCUGUAUUCCAUGGCCACGCAGGUGCAGUUACGGCGAUAAGUUUACCUAAAUCUUCAAGCCAAGAGUUUCCACCAUUUAUCAUCACUGGAUCGAGUGACUUGACUGUUAAGAAAUGGAAAGUUCCUAAACCUACAGGCUCAGUCCAGGUUGUUAAAACUUCAGAAUAUACAAGAAGAGCACACGAAAAAGACAUAAAUUCAAUAGAUGUUUCACCUAAUGAUGAAUUUUUUGCUACUGCCUCUUAUGAUAAAUUAGGAAAAGUGUGGAAUUUGGAGAGUGGUGAAACAGUUGGUGUAUUGAAGGGACACAAGAGAGGAUUAUGGGACAUAAACUUCUGCAAAUAUGACAAAUUAAUUGCAACUAGUAGUGGUGAUAAAACGGUUAAAUUAUGGUCUUUGAAUGACUUCACCUGCACCAAAACAUUUGAAGGACAUACAAAUGCUGUACAAAGGGUAAGAUUUUUCAAUAAGAACCAACAGAUUAUUUCUACCGGUGCUGAUGGUCUAAUAAAAUUAUGGGACGUUAAAGAUGUAGCAGGUGAAUGUUUAAAAACGAUAGAUAACCAUGAUAAUAGAAUUUGGGCUCUUGAUAUAAAAGAUGAUGGAUUAGAAAUGGUAUCAGCUGAUGCCGAUGGGCAGUUAUCUAUUUGGACAGAUAAUACUGACGAGUUCUUGCAAGAACAGGAAGCACAACAGAAGACUAAGAUUGAACAAGAACAAAAAUUGACCAACUAUAUUACCUCAAAGGAUUGGUCGAGUGCAUUUUUAUUAGCAUUGACUUUAGAUCACCCUAUGAGAUUGUAUAAUGUGAUCAAAUCAUCGAUUAAUUUGAAUGAGGAUCCUAAUAGCGCUAUUGGGUCUUUCAAGUUAGAAGCCACAAUUGGACAGUUAGCAUCGGAACAACUUCUCAAAUUUUUUAAGAAAAUAAGGGACUGGAAUGUCAAUGGUAAGUUUUUCGAAAUAAGCCAGAAGCUUAUCACAGUUAUUUUACAUAAGUUUGAAAUUGAGACCUUGAUUGAAAUCCCAGGAUUAAUGAAGCUAGUUGACUCAAUUAUUCCUUAUAGUGAACGUCAUUUCACAAGAAUUGAUGAUCUUAUUGAGCAAAGCUUUAUGUUAGAUUAUACAGUCAAAGAGAUGGAUAAAUUAGAUUAA